AGCCUGCCUUGCGAUGUUUCAGUCGGCAAGUAAAACGUGGCUUUGUACCUUGGGAUGAACAGACAUGAAGUUUAUUGACGAUCGGUCUUCUGUGUUUCCCCAUUGCGAAUGAGAAUUAAAGGGCUACCUGAUAACGUACGGCUGGCGCCAUCAGUUUGGGGAGGGGGCGGAUGGGCUUCAGUGACGUCAUUCUCGGGGGACCUUGAUGUGACUUUGGUGCUUGGCUGCUUCUCUUGCAGUGACUGAUCAGCUGGGACUCCCGAAGCGGAGGCAGUAUGAACGUAGGCGACCAGGACCGUGCUGUCCAGGCAGAGGAGCGCGCACACGCUGCUGGUCACUGAUGAAUGCCUCUCACGGAGCUGCUCACCACUAGACGUAUUCUAUGUCUUUCCUGGACUGCUUGUGUGUUACUCAGACACUGGUGGAGACCCUGAGCAGUCAGGACCCCUCAGAUGGCGUGAGCCACCAGUAUCUGAGCAGUGAGCCAGCACCAUGCUCAACGCCCACAAAAGUGCCUACUGAAGAAAAGACUAUCUACGCAUCUGAUGCCAGUCACUACAAGCUGCUGUCUGAACUGGGAAGGGGCUUCAAUAACCACAGCUUGAUAGCCACAGCGAGACACCAUCCUUCCAGCCGUCUGGUGGCCAUUCGCCUAACAAAUCUGGACAGGUGCAAUGACGAGGACGUGCGAGCUCUGCAGAAUGAAGUUGUGAGGACACGUCUGUUCUCCCACCCUAAUAUUCUCAGAGGCCAUGUGGCAUUCUUGUCAAGCAGUUGGCUUUGGGUGGUCACUCCACUCAUGGACUUUGGCUCAGCAGAGUGCCUCCUGAGGACCUACUUUCCAGACGGUAUGAGUGAAUCGCUUAUCGCCUACAUCCUCUACGGAGUCUUGCAGGCGCUUGUGUACCUGCAUGGCAUGGGCUUCAUCCAUAGGAGUAUUAAGGCCAGCCACAUCCUGCUAUGUGGUGAUGGCCGCGUCUGCCUGACUGGACUGCGCAGCCUCUGCAGCAUGAUGCAGCAUGGCAAGAGGUCAAGAGUUGUGUUCGACAUUCCAGAGAACAGCGCCUCCAUCCUACCGUGGCUGAGUCCCGAAGUGCUGCGGCAGGACCUGCACGGCUAUGACGUCAAGUCUGACUCCUAUAGCUUGGGUAUAACGGCCUGUGAGCUGGCUAGUGGACGAGUGCCCUUUCAGAAUGUUCACCCAACACUGAUGCUGUUGCAGAAACUGAGUGGCACUCCGUUCUCCCUGCUGGACACAACUCCUUUCCCAUUGCAAGGACUCCGGCUGAAAGCAUCUCGCUCCGGGGUGGACUCGGGCAUCGGCGAGAGCGUAGCAGCGUCCAGUCUCAUGCGUACCAUGACGGCAGAGCGGCCACAGAGUCCAGCCCCAAAAAACUUCUCCUCCCUCUUUCACAACCUGGUUGAGCUGUGUAUUCAGCAGGAGCCUGAGAAACGCCCAUCUGCCAGCUCCCUCUUAACUCACACCUUCUUCAGGCAGGCCAAGAUGCAGUCCAAGGAAAGCGUCCUCGACCUCCUGCAGCCAGCCAUCCCACUGAGUAGCUUGCCCGCUCGGCCCAGACUGCCCACCGCUUCUGCCCUCCUCAUCUCUGCUACCUCACAGGGCCGGGCAGACAGCCCCUGGGAAUUCUAGGCUUCUGAAAUGGCAAAUACCUGUUCCUGCUGCUUGAUGGCCCGAUGGCCCGAUGGCUGUGACUUAUCGUUCACUUCAGGCAGUCGGGCGUCUCUUUUAUCAACACCACCAAAGUCUUUCUAGUCAAGAGUUGGGUUUGCAUGAAAACCCGGACCUGCUAAGUAAGGGAAGGCGAGUGCAGCUCAGAGGCGGCUCUCAAAGAAGCUUCCAGACCGAAGGAGUUGAGUUGGGUGCUGCUGAUGCUGCGAUCACGUUGGGACAGAGUGCACCUCGGUGUUUUUGGUUACCUCUGAUGCUUCUCCAGAAUGUGCCAUGGAGCCAAGAUGGCAGAGGGUUCAGUCACCAGCUGGAAUGUUGGAACAGGUGACUGGACGAAGGAGCUCGUUGCCAAGGGCUGGUCUGGCCGGAUGGACCUCAGACACUGCCAGGUGUGCCUCUGAGGGACCAGCGCGCACAUCCUGGUCACAUCUGGAAGGUCACAUCUGUUCUGGAACGUGUGCAUGUGUGUGAUUUUAAACUUACGGUCUUUCAUUUUGUACGAAAACCAAAAACGUUCUAAUAAAAUUGUUGCCACAAGUCA